AUGUCAGAUGUGAAGGAUAUACCCAUAUCAAAUGAUGGAGAAAAUGUACAUAAUAAAACAAAAAAAAUCAAAAAAAUAUUUCGUUACGGAAAUUAUAAUCGUUAUUAUGGACGAAGGAAAGUUGAUUCUGCAACAUCUUUAGAUCCUCGUCUAACAUUAUUCCCAAAAAAUUUUUUUAAAUCAAAAAAAAUUCUUGACAUUGGUUGUAAUGUUGGAGCUGUCACUCUUGGUAUAGCAAAAAAUUUUGAACCACAAAUGAUUCUAGGUAUAGAUAUAGAUUCACAUUUAAUAGGUGUUGCAAGAAAAAAUAUAAGACAUUAUUGUGAUAAGGAUAUUGAAAUUAAAGGUUUAUAUCCGGCAUCUUUUUUUCAAGAAAAUGGAAAAUUAAGAGAGGAUUUAGGUCAUGAAGAUAAUAUAUUUAGUGUUAACCAUUUUCCCAAUAAUGUGUGGUUUCAACAUGAAAAUUACGUUCUCGAAAGUGAUUUUCAUUUAGAAGCUGUUGAACAGGAAUAUGAUGUUAUACUAGCAUUAAGUAUUACAAAAUGGAUACAUAUGAAUUUUGGUGAUGAUGGCAUGAAAAGAUUUUUUAAAAGAAUUUUUUUGCAUUUAAAUCUCGGUGGAAAAUUAGUUCUUGAAAGUCAAGAUUUUAAAAGUUAUUAUAAAAAAGCUAAACAGGACAAAGAAUUACUAAAAAAUUACAAAGAAAUUAAAUUUAAACCUGAAGAAUUUAAAGAAUAUUUACUAAGUGAUGAAGUUGGAUUUAUUAAACAUGAAGAAUUAGGUAUACCAGAAGGUUCUGGAGAGGGUUAUGGUAGGAUGAUUGAAGUAUUUACUAAAGAUACAAAAUUUAAAAGUAACAGGAAACGUAAGAUAAAAGAAAACGGCGGAGAUAAUUUAAAUCAUGAAAAAAAAUUACCACCUUCUAAAGUUAUAAAAUUUAAUGAUAGUGAUGAAGAUUAG